GGACCGUUCGGCCCCGCCCCAGCUUUGUCGGGUUGAAUCAUUAAAACCAGCGUCUCCAUCCCGCGAUUUCGAAGACUCCAUCGCUUUUCCCCAAACGUCGCCGCCAUGUCCUCUUCACCAAAAGACACAACUGAGGCCACCGAGCCUCCGAAGUCGAGCGACGUCGAUACCCAACCUUGGAACGACGACAAACGCCGGAAGUUCGAAACGAAAUCGAAGAGCGAGUUCUACGAUCCAUGCCAAGAGGCUGCGCAACGGAGCUAUAGAUGCUUGUUCAGGAACGGAGGCGAUAAGAAUAUGUGUGGAGAGUAUUUCCAGGCAUAUCGCGAUUGCAAACAAGCAUGGACCGACAAACGGAAAAAGGAAGGCCGCGGCUGGUUCUAAUGGGCCAAUUCGCUCUCAACAGCCUGCGUUGACUUGCUAUAUCCAGCCUGGCUCAGCAUCAUGACUGACGACAGAGGUAUCAUUGUAACAUUAAGGGGAGUUUAUAUACUGUACAAUACGGAAGCGCGGUGCAACAUUCUGCUAUCUUUCUUAAACGAAAAGUCUGGUCUCCUGUCGGCGCCAGUGUCUUUAGAUUACUCCAGUCCACCUCAACUGACAGGGCUUCAACUUUCGUUUCGGUCACGGCAUCCUCGCCAAUUGGUAAGGCAAUGACUUUCUGAUCUAUAUACCUGUAUUCCAAGGCAUCUUGAACUUCCACCGCUUUCCUACACCGACGGGAACACAGCUACUGUUGAGAUACAAAGACGUCCUAGUCGCCGUUUGCUAGGUUUCACUAUUUAUGCCUGGAUCAACAGCUGGUCUUACACGAGCUGAAUGCAUGGCAUUCUGAGAGAGCUAAAGUAAAUACCGAGCUGUCACCAUAUGGUAGGCAGUUGGAUGAUGGCUGUGUCAUUGAGGAAGGAAGGACCAAGAGCUGCACAGAAUGCAUGGUUGUUCAAUUUGGGAAUUGCCUGAACACUCAAAGUACCAAAACGUCUACAGUAACCCCGUCAUUCUGUCGAAACCCCCCAAUUCGUGACAGUCAUCAGUCAUGUGGUCGUGAGAUUUGUCGAAGGCGGGUUCCUAGAGUAUAAAGACCAGUUGCACUAUCCAACUGGGCGUCAAGCUCGUACUGGAACCGAGCCUCAUCGGCACACUUGUUCAGCCUGGUGGCGUCCCAGGUUGGGCACUCUUCAAACACCUGCUUAUCCAAAGCCACUCCAACAUCAGCUGUCAAUCGGAUUGAAUCCAACAUUCUCCCACU